UUUUUUAUAGACAAAAUGAAUAAACUAAAAUUAAAAUAAUUUUUUCAAAUGAUUAUAAAUGAUCAACACAUUUCAUCUAAAUCGAUAUGGACGAUUCCUAAAGUUGAUUAUGAUUACUAUAUGGAUUGUAUGGAGUUCUAAAAUAAAAAAAAAAAACAGCAACUAUAUGUGGACAUGGAUGGAUAACCAUGUGGACAAGUUAUAUGUGGCGACUGUAAACAAGAUCACAAUUGUCUUGGAAUUGCUAUUAAGGAACUAAAUAAUCAAGUUAAACAAUUUAGUUUAAAAUUUGUUAUAUAUUUUAUUUGUUAUAUAUUUUUUAAAAAAUGAUGGAUGAAAAAAAAGUAUUCAAUUUAUUGGAAUGUAUCGACUUGUUACAGUUUUUUUCUUUUUUAUUUAGUAAAGUUAAAGUGGAUUUUCAAAGACAUUUGAUUAAUUUACCAGCUCAAAAAGACUGCAUAAAAAUUUACCUGAGAUUUGGGAAAAAACUAGAAAAAUCUUUGAUCGAAAGGAUGAUGAAAUGGAACAUAAUUCUUAUUGAAACAUAUUUAAACAAUUUAAAUAAUGGUGAGAAAUUAUGUGCGAAAAACACAGAGAGGUGCAACUAAUGAUAGGAUAAAGUCAGCGUUAGAAGCUAUGGAGAUGGGCUGCAGUCUGAAAAAUGUUGCAUCAGAAUUUAGUAUUAACAAAAAAACAUUACAACGUCAUCGAGAUGGAAAAGUAAAGGUAGUUGGUGGUUUAUCUCUGGGUGGAAAAUCUCCUGUAUUUAGUAAAGAUUUUGAAUUAAACAUUGUAACACAAGUUCAGAUUAUGGAAAGAGCAUUAUUUGGCUUGACAACAAUAGAUAUACCUUCAGGGUCAAUUGUUAAAGCUAGCUCCAGUGGAUGGACAGAUUCAUCUUUAUUCAUCGAAUAGUUAACACAUUUUGUUACUGUGACUCAUGCUCUAAAAAUAAUGAGCAAUUAAUUGUACUCGAUGGUCAUCAUAGUCACAAAACACUUGAAGCCAUUAACUUUUGUCGCAACAAUGGGAUUCACCUCAUAACUCUUCCACCUCAUUGUACACACAAGAUGCAACCUUUAGACCGUACAUUUUUCGAACCAUUGAAAGUUGGUUACAAUACUGCAGCAAGCAACUGGAUGUUAUCGCAUCAGGGGCGUAGAAUUUCAUUUUUUGACAUGGCAGGUAUUUUUACAACUGCCUAUAACUUUACUGCAAACAUUUACAAAGCAAUCAAUGAAUUUAGAUGCUCUGGUUUAUACCCAAUAAAUGAGCUUAUUUUUAACGAUGAAGCCUUUGAUGCAGCUUUGCUCACUGAUGAAGCUAUACCAUUGGAAAGCUGUCAGCAAUCAAGUGAUUUGCCUACAAUACCUCUUGUUGCACCUAUACAGUUGCCAUAUGUCAUAAGCACAGCAACUGUUGCCUCAAAAAUGAAGACUGUUACGAAAGAACCAGCACAAUCAAAUGAUGCGGUUUUGCCAGUUGUUGAUGAGCAUCUUGGCCUUAAAUCUGCCCUAAUAUUUUGGAAAAGAUUUCCCCGCGUCCUAAAAUUAUUGUAUUAAGACAGCGUAAAAGAAAGACAGAAUCAGCUGAAAAUCUUACUUCUUCGCCUUUCAAGAAGAGAUUAGAAGAACAUGAAAACAAUGUAAAAGAAAAGCAACAAGAAGCAAUAUUGCGUAAAGA